AUGAGACUGUGGUAUUUUUGUUUGGAGAGAGAAGGUUCGCAGCCCAAAAUUCGAUAUGUGGUGCUGUUUCUGUUGCCACUCUUGUACCUUCAAUCCUUGAACGUCGUUUCACUUUACAAGAAGGACCAAACUUGGACCGAAAUUUAUGGUUCCUAUGUUGCCGUGGGUCAUAGUGAACAAGCAACGAAAACGCUGAGUGACGAGACCAGUGGCAGUGUAUAUGAAAAUAGGCAUCCAUACGAUUCCAUUCCCAAGUGGAUGACAUCCUACUUUCAGUGGCACAGUCAACAACUCGAGCUGAUCCACGACCAGAACCAGGAUGAUGGAAUGAAUAAUCAAUGGCGACAUCACAAAGUUCUACUUGUACGAUGCAUGGAUGAUGAUCGUUGUGGAGGAACAUCUGAUCGAUUGAAAUCGAUUCCACUCUUUCUAAUAUUGGCAGCCAAAACGAACCGACUCGUGUUUCUACGUUGGACUCGUCCUUUUUCUCUGGAGGAAUUUCUCAUUCCGAACGAUCAACGACUUGACGAUGUAGACGACAGAAAUCAAUAUAACUACAUUUGGAAUUGGACGGUACCAAAUACUUUGGCGAGCAUUCUGGACGCAGAACGAGACGCCAAUGGAACCUACAACCAAACAACGAUCCUCUCCAAGAAGAGCCAGCAAUUAGUCUCUGCAGUCCAAAAUCCAAGCAUCUGGCUUGUUCAGGGGAACCUUCAAUUUAGUGGAGCAGCACUCUACGAAUCUUUGGCUGAGGAAAUGAUGGCAAAGGACGAACAAGAGUCCGACACGAAUGCCUCAACAGCUGUUUCAGACUUUACAACUCUGUAUCAUUACUUCUUUCAUGCAACUUUUGCUCCAGCACCUGCCAUAAGAAGCAUUGUCGAUGAGUUGUUCCAGCGACUUCAUUUGCAACCGAACCAGUUUGUAGUCAUACACAUUCGAGCCAAGUAUCCCGGUGAAGUUUUUCGAGAGACUGGGAAUUUGACAGCCUUGGAAGAAAUUGUAGACAAUGCCAUUUGCAUCGCUUCCAAUAAUUUGAUUUCGAGCAACAUCAAUGUUAGUGAAGCAAUGCCAAUAUAUUUGGCGGCCGACGCCAUGCCUGUCUUACAAGCAGGCAUGGAGCACCCAAAUGUUGUCUCUCGGUUGUCGUCUUCACAGCAGAAUGCAGAAGAAAAUGAUCCGCCUCACUUGAACUUUGCACAAAAGGAUGAGCCUUCAGCUUUCUACUCCAUCUUUGUCGACUUGAUCGUUAUGAGUCAAAGUAGAUGCGUUACCUUUGGAGCUGGUGGUUUUGGGCGAUUUGGAUCUUUGCGGUUUGGUAGCGAUUUGGACGCAUCGGCAGCUAAAAGUGUCAAACAGCAGUCAGGGUCGAGCAACCGUUGUUAUCCGGCGUCAAAAGUACAGGAUCAUUGUACUAAUACCGCACUUUCCCAACGAUUCCUAUUCGUUCUGAUCCUCCUUCAUGGAGGCAACAUCAUGAGCAAUGCAAAGAAGCGACCCCGAUCACACCAAGAUGAAGAAUCGAUUACUCCAUCAAAGAGAUUUCAUCACCACACAGGAAAUCCUGACCUACGAAGUUUCGAACAGGACGACGAUUCGUCUCUCGAUGAGACUGAAGCCGACGCGCUAACAAGUCCUGCUUUCUUGUCUAAAUUACCAUCAUCACUCCUUUGGCAUAUCUUUUCGUUUGCUACCCAUGAUCAGCUCGUCUUGCAGCUCUCAUUGAUCCAACAGGACGAAGAGACGGAAAGUGUGUUUGGACUGGAAUCCAGUGUUGAGACACAGACAUUUUUGGACAACAGAAGUCAAUCGAUGCUAUUUGACAGCUUUACAGUUACGACCAGCGCCCUUCACAAGCUUCGACAUCGGAAACCAUCGUCGGCAAGAAGAAACUUCAUCGCCGCCUAUCGACGCCAAAACUGA